CCUGGCUGAGGGCGUCCCCACCCUGGGGGGAGCAGAGGACCAGCCCUGACCUAGCCCGGCCCAGCCCUGUCCUGCCCGGCCUGAGCGCCCCGCCCAGCAGCCGGCUCUGCGGCAGGGCCCGCCGGGGUCCGGGAGGCUCUCCUGGGGGACGAUACGGCUGCUGUUUGCUGCUGUGGUUGGUGCGGGGCAGCUGUCUCUUGAGUCAGAGCCAGCAUGGACAGGCCAUCUCCCCACCCGGGGCUUGGCAGGCUAAUCCAGCCCUCCUGAGGGAGGCAGAGUGCAGGUUCUAAUCCUGCCUUGCCAAGGCCAUGUUCCUCUACCUCUCUGAGCCUCACUUUCCCCAUUCCUGCCAGUGGGAUAGCUGGCCUUGUCCUGCCUUCCCUGGCCUGAUGGAGCCAGAGGUGUGAUUUUUUGUGUCCGCCCCAUCUCAUCUCCCCGGUGGGCAUGACUUGGCUGAGACUCUGGACAGCAGCUUCUAGAUCCCGCUUCUACCUGCCCUGAGAGUGGACAGGGUCACCAGGGAGGCCUGGGGAGAGACGGGCAAAGGGCGCGGGCGCCAUGGACAAGAUCUUGGAGGCGGUGGUGACGUCGUCAUACCCGGUCAGCGUGAAGCAGGGGCUGGUUCGGCGCGUGCUGGAGGCGGCGCGGCAGCCUCUGGAGCGUGAGCAGUGCCUGGCGCUGCUGGCGCUGGGCGCGCGCCUCUAUGUGGGCGGCGCGGAGGAGCUACCGCGCCGCGUGGGCUGCCAGCUGCUGCACGUGGCCGGCCGCCACCACCCCGACGUCUUCGCAGAGUUCUUCAGCGCGCGCCGCGUGCUGCGCCUGCUGCAGGGUGGCGCCGGCCCCCCGGGCCCCCGCGCGCUCGCCUGCGUGCAGCUGGGUCUGCAGCUGCUGCCCGAGGGGCCCGCGGCUGACGAGGUGUUCGCGCUGCUGCGGCGAGAGGUGCUGCGCACCGUGUGCGAGCGCCCGGGGCCCGCGGCCUGCGCGCAGGUGGCACGGCUGCUGGCGCGCCACCCGCGCUGUGUGCCCGACGGCCCCCACCGCCUACUCUUCUGUCAGCAACUGGUGCGUUGCCUCGGCCGCUUCCGCUGCCCAGCCGAGGGCGAGGAGGGCGCCGUGGAGUUCCUGGAGCAGGCCCAGCAGGUGAGCGGGCUCCUGGCGCAGUUGUGGCGCGCACAGCCCGCCGCCAUCCUUCCCUGCCUCAAAGAGCUGUUCGCGGUCAUCUCCUGCACAGAGGAGGAGCCACCAUCUAGUGCCUUGGCCAGCGUGGUCCAGCACCUCCCAUUGGAGCUCAUGGAUGGUGUUGUCCGGAACCUCAGCAAUGAUGACAGUGUGACGGACUCGCAGAUGCUGACUGCCAUCAGCAGGAUGAUUGACUGGGUGUCCUGGCCCCUGGGGAAGAACAUUGACAAGUGGAUCAUUGCACUGCUGAAGGGCCUGGCUGCUGUUAAGAAGUUCAGCAUCUUGAUCGAGGUUUCGCUCACCAAAAUUGAGAAGGUUUUCUCUAAGCUGCUGUACCCCAUCGUCCGGGGAGCUGCCCUGUCUGUGCUCAAGUACAUGCUCCUGACCUUCCAGCACUCCCACGAAGCCUUCCAUCUGCUCCUCCCUCACAUCCCCCGCAUGGUGGCCUCUCUGGUCAAGGAGGACUCGAACUCGGGGACCAGCUGCCUGGAGCAGCUGUCAGAGCUGGUCCACUGCAUGGUGUUCCGGUUCCCGGGCUUCCCGGAUCUGUAUGAGCCUGUCAUGGAGGCCAUCAAGGACCUCCAUGUUCCCAAUGAGGACCGCAUCAAGCAGCUGCUAGGGCAGGAUGCCUGGACUUCGCAGAAGAGCGAGCUGGCAGGUUUCUAUCCCCGGCUCAUGGCCAAGUCAGACACAGGCAAGAUUGGUCUCAUCAACCUGGGCAACACGUGCUACGUCAACAGCAUCCUUCAGGCCUUGUUCAUGGCAUCUGACUUCAGACACUGUGUGCUCCGCUUGACUGAGAACAACUCACAGCCGCUGAUGACCAAGCUGCAGUGGCUCUUUGGCUUCCUAGAGCACAGCCAGCGGCCUGCCAUUUCCCCAGAGAACUUCCUUUCUGCAUCCUGGACGCCCUGGUUCAGCCCUGGCACCCAGCAGGACUGCUCGGAGUAUCUGAAGUACCUGCUGGAUCGGCUGCACGAAGAGGAGAAAACAGGCACAAGGAUCUGCCAGAAACUCAAGCAGUCCAGCUCGCCCUCCCUGCCCGAGGAGCCGCCGGCCCCAAGUUCAACCUCUGUGGAGAAAAUGUUUGGAGGCAAGAUAGUGACUCGAAUCUGCUGUCUCUGCUGCCUCAACAUCUCCUCCCGGGAGGAGGCCUUCACGGACCUCUCUCUCGCCUUUCCUCCUCCUGAGCGCUGUCGCCGCCGCCGCCUGGGCUCUGUGAUGCGCCCUCCAGGAGACAUCACAGCCCAGGAGUUGCUCCCAACAGCCAGUGCACAGGGGCCAGGCAGGGUGGGUCCUCGGAGGCAAAGGAAACACUGCAUCACAGGGGACACCCCUCCCACCAGCCUGGACAUUGAAGGCCUGGACUCCAAGGAAGCUGGUGGGCAGAGCAGUCAGGAGGAAAAGGUAGAGAGGGAUGAAGAAGGGAAGGAGGAGGGAACGGAGAAGGAAGAAGCGGGGGAGGAGGAGGAGGAAAGCACCAGAGGGGAGGAAGAGAGGGAGAAAGAGGAGGAGGUGGAAGAGAAGGUGGAGAAGGAGACAGAAAAGGAGGCUGAGCAGGAAAAGGAAGAAGACAGCCUGGGAGCGGGGAGCCACGUGGAUGCUGCCAUCCCCUCCGGGGAGCAGAUGUGUGGCUCUGAGGGCUCCCGCUCUGUCCUGGACCUGGUCAACUACUUCCUGUCCCCUGAGAAGCUGACAGCAGAAAACCGCUACUACUGCGAGUCGUGUGCCUCCUUGCAGGAUGCCGAGAAGGUGGUGGAGCUGAGCCAAGGGCCGCGCUACCUCAUCCUCACACUGCUGCGCUUCUCCUUUGACCUGCGCACCAUGCGGCGCCGCAAGAUCCUGGAUGACGUCUCCAUCCCCCUGCUGCUCCGCCUACCACUGGCUGGUGGCCGGGGCCAGGCCUAUGACCUCUGCAGCGUUGUGGUACACUCUGGAGUGUCUUCGGAGAGUGGUCACUACUACUGCUAUGCCCGCGAGGGCGCUGCCCGCCCUGCCCCUUCUCUGGGAACUGCCGAUAGGCCAGAGCCCGAGAACCAGUGGUACCUGUUCAAUGACACUAGGGUGUCCUUCUCUUCCUUCGAAUCUGUCAGCAACGUCACCUCCUUCUUCCCCAAGGACACAGCCUAUGUGCUCUUUUACCGGCAGCGGCCCAGGGAAGGGCCCGAGGCUGAGUCGGGCUCUUCUAGAGUCCGGACAGAGCCCACCCUGCACAAGGACUUGAUGGAAGCCAUUUCCAAAGACAACAUCCUUUACCUACAGGAGCAGGAGAAGGAGGCCCGGAGCAGGGCGGCCUACAUCUCUGCACUCCCCACAUCUCCGCACUGGGGGAGGGGCUUUGAUGAAGACAAGGAUGAGGAUGAAGGCUCUCCAGGGGGCUGCAAUCCUGCAGGUGGUAAUGGUGGUGACUUCCACAGACUGGUCUUCUGAUGUGAACCUGCUGCCAACCCAACCCCUUCCCUCCAGGAGCCAGGUGGGGCCUGAAGGAGGCUGUGGAGGCAGGCUCAGUCCUGUAGUAGGCCUGAUGGUACAGCUCAUGGCACCUUAGUCCUCAGCCUGAUGAAGGAUACACAGAGACUCUCAGAUACGGAAGUGAGACCUAAGUCCCUCUCACAGAGAUACGGAAGUGAGACCUAAGUCCCUCUCACAGGGGAUCAGUCCCAUUAAGAUUUUACACCCAAGUGUCCUGGUUACCUUGAAGCAGCUGAGAUGGGCACACGCGGGUCUUUGCCUCCCCCUCCCUCCCCAGCAGGCUCCCCAUGCUGGAAGAGCUGAUGUUCAGGAAACAGGGCUGGACCUCAGCUCUAAUGUUUUGACAUCAAGUACUAUUUUCCUUCUGACUGCUCUACAGUAUAAAGCACAGCAGGAUCCAAGCCUUGCACAAAGAAGGGGGCAGUGGUACCUCUGGCUGUCCUCUUGUUUCUCAUAUGGGGGUACCUGCACUGUCUGUACCUUUCUGAAAAGAUCAGGUGGGAGGCAGCAGGGCCCCGGAUCAGAGACCGAGAACUGCCCCCUUACCAAGCACCACUGCAUGGUGGUGGGCCUAGUUCCUCAUAGCAGGAGGCCUUUGCCCCCACAUCCCCUCCGCCCCAGCCUGCCUCAGUGCCUGAGAAGCCACCACUUGCAUCCCCCUCUCCUGGUUAAGGUAGAGUCCUUAUUUUACUGCAGAGGUGUUCCAUGUUCCUCAUGAAGUGUGGUCUCUUCUGAGGAAGCUAGUGGGCUCCUCUGAUCAGUUGGCCUUUGUAGCUGUGAGAGCAGCCACCUGCAGGUUGGGUGAAGUGCCCUGACACUGCUGUAGCCCCUUCUAACCGAAGAGAAGAUACCCAUGUUCUUAAAUAAAUAAAACUAGGUUCUCUGAAGCCUAGAAA